AUGCCCUUCCUGCCCCAGUACUACAUGCCCUUCCUGCCCCAGUACUACAUGCCCUCACUGCCCCAGUACUACAUGCCCUCACUGCCCCAGUACCACAUGCCCUCCCUGCCCCAGUACUACAUGCCCUCCCUGCCCCAGUACCACAUGCCCUCACUGCCCCAGUACCACAUGCCCUCCCUGUCCCAGUACCACAUGCCCUCCCUGUCCCAGUACCACAUGCCCUCCCUGCCCCAGUACCACAAGCCCUCCCUGCCCCAGUACCACAAGCCCUCCCUGCCCCAGUACCACAUGCCCUCCCUGCCCCAGUACCACAUGCCCUCCCUGCCCCAGUACCACAUGCCCUCACUGCCCCAGUACCACAUGCCCUCCCUGCCCCAGUACCACAUGCCCUCAGCCCCACCAACUCCUCACUCCUCCAACCUCCAGUUCCCCCACAGACUCACUCCAGCGACAGAGGUGUGGGCUGGAGGGUAG